GUUCCCCAGUUAUAACGCAGCCUCCAAGUGAUACUAAAAUAAUAAAGGGAAGACUACUACAGUUGACGUGUUUGGUGGAUUCUAAACCUGUAGCUACUAUACGUUGGUUAUUUCAAAAUUUACCACUUCAAAUAUCAUCAAAAAUUACUUUUAGUCAGAAUAAACAGGAAUUAUCAAUAGGUGAUAUUGGUAAAGCUGAAGAGGGGAUGUAUACUUGUAUAGCUAAUAAUAGCUAUGGUCAAAAACAAGCCAGUGCUACCAUCAAGAUAGUGGUACCACCAGUAAGAGUUAGUAUGCUAGGUAAUGUGGUAUAUAAGAUAAAUCAAACGGCUAGUAUACCAUGUGAUGUCUAUGGAGAUCCCAAACCAACAGCAACCUGGUAUAAAGAUAGCAACAUCAUUAAUAACCCAGAAACAAACACGGCUAAUAGUUUGAUUAUCUCUAAUAUACAAAUAACAGAUGAAGGCAAUUAUUCUUGUCAAGGUGUAAAUGAGGCAGGGAGUGCUUGGACUAAUGGUACACUCAGAGUUAAAG